AUGGAUAUCGACGACUCUUUCACACGCGAAUUGGAAGAGUCUUCGAUGAUGUCGUUUGAAGAUCCCACAGGGCAUCAUGAAGUUCUACCAGAUCUAGACAUGGAUAUGGACCUUGACGAUAACGAUCAUGUCAACGUUAAAUCCGAAGACCCUGGGAAUCGCAUCAGGUCCUCUGUCGCAGACGAGGAAGCUCGUGAGGGUGCUUUAAGGGCAGAGUUAGAAUCCGUUAGAAAAGUAAACCGAUUAAUUGUUGCGGUUAAUAAAAGCUUACAAACGGCGAUGGAGAAUAUGGGGACAGUAAAUCAGGCGGUGGACAAUGCCAAUUUCUUAUUAGACAAAUACUCGCAAAUACUUUCGCAAUCGACACAUACGUCUCGCAUAAUCCUAAACGGACACUGGAAAGGCUCUUCGAACGAUGUAGCAGAAAUGGAGGAAGAAGCCCAGACACAAGCACUAGAAGCUGAACGACGGAGGAUAGAGGAAGAAGAAGCAGCCAUUGCUCGGGAAAGAGAAGCAAGAGCGAGGGAAGCUGCUGCUGCUGCACAAGUAACAGCAGCGGCCACUAGGGGUACAAGGGGAGGACGAGGUACUGGAAGAAAGACAACCGGCAGUAGGGGGACAAGCAGUGGCUACGGUCGCCCGGGUUCUACUACGUCUACGGGAGCAUCAACAUCGUCUUCGAGUACAUCUCAAACGACAAGAGGUACUCGUGGAGGAUCUGGAUUAGGGCGCUAUUCUGGAAGACCGGGGUCUGGCAUUGGGAGAGGUAUUCCUAGAGGAACCAGCGGCACUACGAGAGGUACCCGGGGGACCUGA